GCAGAGCACAGACUCACAGGGAAUUCUCAGAGCUGAGAGGCUCCUUCUCUCUCCCUCUCUCUCUCUCUCUCUCCCCCCCCUUUCUCUUUCUCUCUUUCUCCCCCCCCCCCCUUUCUCCUUCUUUCUCUCUCUUUCCCUCUCUCUUUCUCCCUCUCUCCUUUGCUGGAGCGGAGACAAGAGUAUAAUUCUUCCCGAUUUUUUUUUUUUUUUUUUAAAGAGAAAGGGAAAAAAAAAAGGAGGAGGAGGGUGAAAGAAAGAAGAGAUCCUGAUGGAAAUCAGGGCACUCUGACCAGCUCCUGCUCGGAGAGGGGGGAAGGCGAGGCGGAAACGAGAUUUUCCUCCAAGUUUUUGCUGCUGCCGCUGCCUGAAGGUUGCCGAGGAGCCGUCCUCGGUCGCCGAGGGGGGGUGGGUUUGUUUGCUUCUUUCUGCUCUCCCUCCCUUGCCAGCCUCUGCUCUGCAGCCUGACCGUACGGAGGAAAGGUGGAGGGGUGGGGGGGAGGGGGGGGGCAAAGCCAGCCACCCAAAAAGAAAAGCCAGCUUGGAGCCGUCACCCUCCGCAACGAAAGAAGAGAGGGGGGACUGAGAGCACGAGAAAAAAGAAGAAGAAGAAGAAAAAGGAUCUCGGCUUGUCCAGCCCUUCUGCGGCAACAGGAGCAGCCUGCGAGCCCGGUGGAUUUUUUUUUUCCCCUUCUUCGGCGUUUCUUUUCGAGCGCAAGGACUUCCACUCAGGAAAAAAACAAAACAAAAAACAAAACAAAACAAAACAAAAAAACUCGCAGAGACAGAACAAAAAAAGAGCACGACUAAUAAUGAACAAUCCUGUUAAUCCGCUGUCCCGAGGGCUGGGGAUGUGCCCCGGCUCGGGAAGUUGUAGGCUGUAGAAGUUCUGCCUCUCCCCCAUGUACUGUGCUGUCUAGAGCUUGUUUCCCCCACCCUAUUUUUUUAUUUUUAUUUUUUUGGUGCUUUAUCGCUGUUAUUGUUAUUAUCUUAAUUUUUCUUCUUCAUGAUGUGCUGUUAGAACCCACUCCAGGACUACUCCAGCAGUAGGAAGACCGAGGAGUGGAGUGGAUGAAUAUACCGAUGAGAGAUCCAGUAAUCCCUGGGACAAGCAUGGCUUAUCAUCCUUUUUUACCUCACCGGGCACCGGACUUUGCCAUGAGCGCUGUGCUGGGACAUCAGCCUCCCUUCUUCCCGGCUCUGGCUUUGCCUCCCAACGGGGCGGCCGCCCUCUCCCUGCCGGGGGCUCUGGCUAAACCCAUCAUGGAUCAGUUAGUGGGGGCCGCAGAGACUGGGAUCCCCUUUUCUUCCCUGGGCCACCAGGCAGCAGCCCAUCUGAGGCCUUUAAAAACUCUGGAGCCAGAAGAAGAGGUGGAAGAUGACCCCAAAGUGCAUCUGGAGGCCAAAGAGCUUUGGGAACAAUUCCAUAAAAGAGGCACGGAGAUGGUGAUCACCAAAUCGGGAAGGAGAAUGUUUCCUCCAUUUAAAGUGAGAUGCACUGGACUGGAUAAAAAGGCCAAGUACAUUUUAUUGAUGGAUAUUGUGGCGGCUGAUGAUUGUAGGUACAAAUUCCAUAAUUCCCGGUGGAUGGUAGCCGGCAAAGCUGACCCUGAAAUGCCAAAGAGAAUGUACAUCCACCCGGACAGCCCGGCCACCGGAGAACAAUGGAUGUCCAAAGUCGUCACCUUUCACAAGCUGAAGCUCACUAACAAUAUCUCUGACAAGCACGGAUUUACCAUCCUAAACUCCAUGCACAAGUACCAACCCCGGUUCCACAUCGUCAGAGCAAACGAUAUCCUCAAGCUGCCCUACAGCACGUUCAGGACCUACGUUUUCCCGGAGACUGAAUUCAUCGCAGUGACCGCAUACCAGAAUGAUAAGAUCACUCAAUUAAAAAUUGACAACAACCCCUUUGCCAAAGGUUUUCGGGACACCGGGAAUGGAAGGAGGGAAAAAAGGAAGCAGCUGACCCUGCAGUCCAUGCGGGUCUACGACGAGCGGCAGAAGAAGGAAAACGCCACCUCGGACGAGUCGUCCAACGAGCAGACGGCCUUCAAGUGCUUCGCGCAGUCCUCCUGCCCCGCCGUGCCCGCCGUCGGCACCUCCAGCCUCAAAGAUCUGUGCCCCAGCGAGGGAGACAGCGAUGCGGACAGCAAAGACGACCCCUUGCUGGAAGCGAGCGAGUCGGGCAAAAUCAGCACGACCACGGCCCCCACCCCAGCGCCCGCCAGCUCCGCCGCGGCCGCGGGGGGAGAAGACCCCCGGGAGAAAGGGGGCAGCCCCCCCAAAAGCCACUUCUUCCCCAGCGACUCUGCAGCCAGCCGGAGCCGAGAGAGGACGGAGAAAGCCCCCCCUGACUCUCGCCACAGCCCGGCCACCAUCUCGUCCAGCACCCGGGGGGGGCUGAGCGGCGAGGAGCUGAAAAGCCCCCUUCGGGACGGCCCUAAAGGAGACGAGCCCCGGCUGCUGGGCAAAGAGCCCUUCGCCCCCCUGACGGUGCAAACCGACAACACGGCUCACCUGAGCCAGGGACAUUUGCAAAACCUCGGCUUCCCCCCCGGCCUGGCCGGCCAGCAGUUCUUCAACCCGCUGGGCAACGGGCACCCGCUGCUGCUGCACCCGGGGCAGUUCGCCAUGGGGGGGGCUUUCUCCGGCAUGGCCGCGGGCAUGGGCCCCCUGCUCGCCACCGUCUCGGGGGCUUCUGCUGGCGUUUCGGGGCUGGAUAACACAGUGAUGGCCACGGCGGCAGCUCAAGGACUUUCGGGAGCAUCCGCUCUGCCCUUCCACCUGCAGCAGCACGUCCUGGCCUCGCAGGGCCUGGCCAUGUCUCCCUUCGGCAGCCUCUUCCCCUACCCCUACACCUACAUGGCCGCGGCUGCGGCAGCCUCCAGCGCAGCCUCCAGCUCGGUGCACCGGCACCCCUUCCUCAACGCCGUGCGGCCCCGGCUGCGCUACAGCCCCUACCCGCUGCCUGUGCCCCUGCCCGACGGCAGCAGCCUCCUCACCACCGCCCUGCCCGGCCUCGCCUCCGCCUCCGGGGAGGCCAAAGCGGCCGGGCUGGCCUCCAGCCCCGGCGCCGGGCCUCUGGACUCCGCCUCGGACCUCACCAGCCGCUCGUCCACCCUCUCGUCCGGCUCCGUCUCCCUCUCCCCCAAGCUGGGGGCCGACAAGGAGGCUGCCACCAGCGAACUGCAAAACAUCCAACGCCUGGUCAGCGGCCUCGACCCCAAGCAGGACAGAUCCCGCAGCGGCUCCCCGUAGCCGCCAGCUCAUUUCAAAUCACUCUCGCAGUGCACUUUGUUCGACAGAAACCACAGCCUCCGUCCCGCGAUUUUUUUUUACCCCCCCCCCUUUUUUUUAAUUAUUAUUAUUAUUUUUUUUAAUAUAAAAUCCCCCGGCGUUGUGUGCGCGUUUAUCGGCAAAAAAAAGGUAUCGGGGGGGCGAGGUGGGAGGGCUGGGAUGAGGCAGCGCUGGGCUGGAGGCUGCCAGCAUCGAGGCUGGCCGGGCCAGGUCUCCGGCGAGGCUGAGGGGGGGGGGGCCUCCCGCCAGCCUUUUCUUCACUGUGUAAAAAAAGAAACAAACAAACACAAAAAAAACAACACCAACACCUAAAAACGAAAUAAAUAAAUAAAAAAAUCACCAAACAAACUUAUGAAUAAAAAUUAAAUAAGAGAAGUGAUUUUUUUUUUUUUCCGAAAAAAAAAACUGUGUAAGUAACUCGCAUAUCGGUUCUUCAACAGUUGUUUCCUGGACGGGUUGUGAACGAUAACCCUCUUAGUCUAUAUUAAGGGAAGCUGUGUGUUUAAAAUAUUAUUGUGAUGUCUGAGAGCCAGUUGGUGGCUUUUUUUGCAUGUUCCAUAGUAGUCUGCUUUUCGGGGGGGUUAUUUUUUUAUUUCGGUGGGGUUUUGUUGUUUAUUUCUAAUGCUCGUUUCAAAUCCCAGGGAAAAAGAAAUAAUAAUAAUAAAAACAAAAAUAAGACCCUCUUCCCUCUACCUUAAACAUCCUCCCUGUAGCAACAACAAUAAGAAGUGUAGUUGGAAAGAAAAAAAAAAGUGAAUUUAUUUUAUCUAAAAACCUCUGUAGCUUGACUGUAGGUUUAUCACAGCUUUCCCUCUUUAAUUGUAUAUGCAAUAACAAGGUUUAAACAUACUGAGAAGAAGAAAAAAGCGGACACUAUUAUUAAAACAAAGUAUUUAUGUAAUUAUUUGAUAACUCUUGUAAAUACGUGGAAUAUGAAUACUCGAAAUUAAACUUUAAUUUAUUGACAUUGUACAUAUCUCUGUAAAUACGACUGCAGCUGUCUUUUUUUUCUUCUGUUUUUAUUUGUAGUCGUUUUCAUUUCAAGUUCGUAAUUCCUUUAAGCAUCUACCCCGACCCACACAGAACAACCCAGAAGAGAAAUGCCUCCAUUCUAAGUGCUCACUUUUUAAACUGGAGCUCCCCACAGAAAACCUGACCUCGUCCUUUUCUAAAGGAGCCGAUUGCAAACGGCGAAGAAGAAACAAAACAAAAAUGAUCAAAGACCUUGAAAAAAAAUAAUUAAAAGAAAAUGAAAACCCAACGUGCCACGGUAGCUUUUAAUCCUCGAUUUCUUCAGUGUUAAAAGUGCUACUUUCCGUUUAAAAUUUCAACCACAAAAAAAAAAAAAAGUUCUAUACGUUAAUACAUGACAACAGGCUUCUCCAGUAGCUUGAGAGAAAAAGAUGAAGAUUCUAGGAUUUUUCUUUACUUUGUAUUAUUUUUUCCCAUUUCCUUGGUGUCCCAAAAAAAGAAAAAAAAAGAAAAAAAAAGGAAAAAAAAAGGAAAAAAAAAAGAAAGAAAAUAGUACCACGAUGGAGUUUUACUACUGUGCUUAUUGUUGUCUUUGUUUGAGUGAGUGCAUAUUUUCUUGGCUUGAAAGUCAGGUGCUCAGAGCUGAUUCAAAGGAAAAAAAAAUGAAGGUAUAUUUUGUGUUAUAUAAAUGUUGAGAAGGUUUUUUUUUUUUUUCCUGUAUUUUUUUCCCCCCUUUUAAAAGUCACUGAAGUUUCAAUAAAUUUUUAUUGAAAUG